AUGGACCGUCGCUCCCGCAACAAGGGCACCAAAACGCCAGGUGACAUAUCAUCCUCAUCAUCAUCCUCCACGACCGACGGCAUGGUAAAAGUCACCAUCGCGGAUCUGGAAAGGGCCAAAGCCUCAACCACGACCAAUCCCUCCCGCGGCAGCAGCAGUGGUACUUGGGCGAAAAACUACCGCCGCGCCACGGUCGAAGACGCCGACGACUCUUCAGGCUCUGGGCGUCAUAGUCGCAGCAAGAUCAAGAACCGCCACGUCCACUUCAAGACUCACAAUAGCGACCCUGGUACAGCCGCUCGUCACCGUCGGCCCCGCGACCCGGAGAGCUGGCACCACUCGGGCAGCAGCAGCAGCAGCAGUGGUGGCGAUGUCGACGCGGGUAACAUCGACGACGACGUGCGCUCAUCCACCUCAUCUGAUGCACCAUACCUAGGCACGAAGCCCCUCCGCUCUGCCCUGAAGAAGUCCAAGGGCCGCAAGCACGUUGUUCCUGAGAGCACUGCCCAUCUCGCCACCACUGAAAAGCAGACCACGGCGGCUCCUGUGUCCCAGCAGCAGACGGGAUACAUGCUCGUGCCAGGACCACAUCCCGGAACACAACAGCUCGUUCCCGUGCAGAUCUCUACGGGCAACGUUCAGGAGCACCAGCAACCGACCCAACCCGGCCACGAUGCUUUGGGAAUGGGUCCUGCCCAGCUCCUCAGCGCCCAUCUCCAACAGAUGCAGCUGCAGCAGCAAGGAAUGUACGGCAUGAUGCCCGGCCAGGCCCUAGGCGGCAGUGUCGGCGGCGGUUUCUACUACCCCGGCGCUAUGCAGAUGGCUUACCACCCCAUCCAGUACCCGACAUGCCCCACCGGCGCGUAUCCCUAUCCUCAAUCCAACAUGAUGCAGGCGCCCAUGCAGAUUCACUAUCCCCAGCAGCAGCAGCAGCAGCAGCAGCCUGUAUAUCAGCAGGCCAUGUACCACCAGCAACCCGGAGGUCUUAUGCCAGGCCCGAUGAUGCCUGAUGUGGAGCCAGGCGGUGCUCCUGUCCGGUACUCGACAGAGCACAUCCCGGCUUUCCAGGCGCCCGGAAUGCACAACAUGGGCGGUUACUUCAACAACUAA